CGCGCGACCCAUGUGCUAGCUAUCCAAAAUGCCGUAUAAGAGAAAGUACGGACGGUAUCUACAAGACCCAAGUUGCGAAGUACCACUGCGGUCGAAAUAUCGUUUCAAAAAAGCUGCAGAACGGGAAGACGACCAGGAAGAUGGAGUUUCCGCUGCCAAUGCUCUUUAUCGCCAUCCGCGGCAAUCGGAGAGCGGCGUGUCGGCAGAGGCAGAAGUGCUCGAGGCUCAAAGGAAUGAGUCCGCGUUGCAUGAGCCGCCUAACGCGGCAGCAUCUGAUCAGGAUGAUGUGCUUUCUUCGUUGAGCCUUUCGUGUGACGAGACCGACAACAGCGGCGAGUCGGAUGACGAGUCUUCGUCAGAAUCGUCCAGCGGCGAAAGCUCCUCGGGCGGAAACGAUGAAAGGACAGAUCAGCAGGAACAGACAAAAAUGGAUGAUCCGCUGUACCCAGGUGCAAGAAUAAGCAAAGCAGAAAGCGUUCUGCUCAUCAUGGCACACAGCCUGCGGCAUUCGGCAUCGAAGGAAGCCACGGAGAGUGUGCUAAAGCUUGUUGAGGCACACUUGCCUAAUGGUACAGGAUUCCCAUCAACAAAGUAUGCCUUUUUUAAAAACUUUAGUUAUGGGGAAACAAAGAGCCAACAUUUCUAUUGCAAUGAGUGCAUGGCAUAUGUUGGGAUGAUUGAAGAAAAUACCGUGGAAGUUGAAUGUACUAAUUGCAAAGCCAAGCUCCGUGUCAGUGUGUUGUUGGCGAAUUUUUUUUAUUUUUACACUUUAGAUUUUGAAACUCAACUGAAACACAUACUGGAAGAAAGAGGUAGCACACCUGGUAAGCCAAUGCCAUCUUUUGACAUUAGUGACAUAAGUGAGAGCCCAGGCUAUCGGAAGCUCCCACUCAGUCCAGGAGACCUCACUGUCACUUUCAACACUGAUGGGGUACCUUUGUACGAAAGCUCAGGCUACGGAAUGUGGCCUUUGUUGCUGCAGGUGAAUGAGCUUAAGUACAAAGACCGUGUGUCAAAGAUUUUGCUUGCUGGCUUGUGGUUUGGGCAAAAAAGCCUGCUAUGAACACCUUCUUGCUCCCUUUUGUGCAGACAAUGAACAAAUUGUCAAGGGAAGGCGUGACCUGGAUAGAUGGGCAUGGUUCUGAAAGAACAUCAAAAGUGUUUCCUGGGCCAUGGGCUGUUGAUAGCGUUGCUAGAUACGAGGUCAUGUCCAUGACUCAGUUUAAUGGGAAGCAUGGAUGUGCUUGGUGUGAAGAUCCUGGACAGGUCGUAGAAAAAGGUAGAGGGCAUUGUCGUGUAUACCCUUCAAAGUCCUCCUCCAAAAGCCUCAGGACACAUGACUCUUUCCUAAAGCAUGCACAAAAAGCCAAAACUAGACCAAAGCAAGUGAGUUGUGGUGUCAAGGGAUAGAGUGUCUUGACCAUGCUUGCUUACUUUAGUUUCAGUUCUGGCUUUGCUGUCGAUUAUAUGCAUGCCGUGUGCUCAGGUUUUGUGAAGGCAACAACACUGCUUUGGCUAGAAUCUGAAAAAAGCAGAGGCUUCAGAAUUCGCCGUUGCGUGGAGGAGGUCAGCACUAAACUGAUGGCAAUGUCUCCAACAUGGGAACUGUCGCGACUCUCUCGGCCUCUUUCAGAAUCAAAGCGAUGGAAAUCCUCAGAAUGGAGAAAUUGGCUCUUAUUUUAUUCCCCCAUCAUUUUGCCGAGUUACAUUCCUUCUAAAAAUUUCAAAAAUUGGAUUAAAUUUGUACAGUUGAUGCCCUGUAUGCUUGCUCCCAAAAUUUCCUUGGAAAUGAUUAGCGUAAUGAAAAAUGAGAUGCGAAAAUUUUUGAAGGAAUAUGAAUUGCUCUAUGGCAAGGAGAACAUGUCGUACAAUGCUCAUUUGCUCAUUCAUUUAGUCGACAGCGUUAAAGAAUGGGGCCCACUCUGGGGUUACUCGCUGUAUCCUUUUGAAGCAAUGAAUGGAAGAUUAGGAAAAUUUGUUUCUGGCACACGUUAUGCAGGGCUGCAGAUAAUACAUAAAUUCUCCAUUCUUUCUUCCCUGCCUAUGCUUUGGCAGCAGGUAUCUGCAGGAAAAAGAGGAGGUUCCAUUGAUAAGCACUUCCUAGACUUGUUGAAGGGCUACAGACUAAGACAGAGCUGUGUGCAUGUGGAUGGAAUAUUUUUGUAUGGCAGGGGACAAAAACGCAAUGGUAGGAUACAUUUCAAGAAAAUGGGCUCAGGUCAUUUUUCGUUUUGCACAGCAGAUUUAGAUAAGUCAAGGAGAUGCAAUUCUUUUGUAAAGUUGGGCUCUCUCUUUGGUCGAAUAUUGGACAUCUCUGUUCCUUGUGAAUGUGGUCAGCAAAGUUGUGUGUGCGCACCCCACAGAGCAGAUGUUAGCCUUCACAUUGAAAUGUUUGAAUCUACAGAAACUGUUUUGGCAGGUCGAUACAGCUUCAACAGCUUAACAUUUGUACAAGUUAAGCCAUCUGGUAAACUUGCAACUGUAGAAGCAUCUGGAGUAACAAAGUGCAUGGCUCUUACAUGUAAUGCAACUACGUAUCUGUGCAGUUUGUGUGACACUGUUGUACUGGAAGCUUCAUGAUUUAAAUGUUGUCAUUCCAAAGCAAUGCAGUACUUAAUAAUGAUGUGCAUGUACCUUGUAAUAAUGAAGCACCAGAAAGCGAUUUCAAGCAUUGAAUGCUUAUAGACAGAGUAAGCUGUGUUUCAACUGUGUACUUGCUCUUGCGUAAUUUCGCAUGGUCAGCAGUAAGGUUAUUAUGGCGAAGCUGUCAAAUGGAGGUUUAUAGUGGUUUUCAUGCAGUGAAGGUGAAAGCCGACAUUGGCAAAAACAGGUGUGCGGUCUAACAUGGUCAGUAUCGAAUGCCAAAGAACAGCCAGCAACGCAGCCUGCAUUUGAGGUCUGAAUUUGUUUUGAAAUGCAAUUAUAAAUCGUUUUAAAAUAUGUUACCUUGCACAUCAUCAUCAUCAUCAGCCUGGUUACGCCCACUGCAGGGCAAAGGCCUCUCCCAUACUUCUCCAACUACCCCGGUCAUGCACUAAUUGUAGCCAUGUUGUCCCUGCAAACUUCCUAAUCUCAUCCGCCCACCUAACUUCCUGCCGUCCCCUGCUACGCUUCCCUUCCCUUAGAAUCCAGUCCUUAAUCACCCUUAAUGACCAUCGGUUAUCUUCCGUCCUCAUUACAUGUCCUGCCCAUGCCCAUUUCUUUUUCUUGAUUUCAACUAAGAUGCCAUUAAAGGGACACUAAAGUGAAAAAUGAUUUCUUCUGCAUCAGUAAAUUACCGUUCUACAACAUCAAAAACACCACUCUUACAACGAUGAGAUGUUUGGUAAGCCAGAAAAAGCGCAAGAACGAAAUACGGGUGGCGACGCCUACUUAAGUUCCCGCGCCUGGGGGCUAUGACGUCUUGUAUUUUGAUAGCAUCUUCUAGGGCCUACUAAUUAUAUAUAGCAUUACAGAUUGACUACAUUGCGUUCUAAAAGAACCAAAUAUUAAACAUGGCAAGUUUCGGGAACCUUUAUUCAGCCAACGCGGCCCAAAUGCGAAAACAUACUUUGGUAUCCCUGACGUCACACUGGUGUUUCGGCGCGAAAUUCAAAUACUGAUACUUGGACCUUCAUUUUCUCAUCUAAUAACCAAACUAUUUUUUUGUGAAAUGACUGCCUGCAGGGUUCUCAAACAAUGUUUCAUCAUUCUAAACUGAUUUAUUGUUUCGCUUUAGUGUCCCUUCAACUCGCGUUUGUUCCCUCACCCAAUCUGCUCUUUUGUUAUCCCUUAAUGUCACACCCAUCAUUCUUCUUUCCAUUGUUUAUUGGGCCGUCCUCAAUUUAAGUAGAACCUUUUUCUUUAGCCUCCAGGUUUCUGCCCCGUACGUGAGUACUGGUAAGACAAAGC